CCAUCCCAUCGGCGUCACAAUUCUCCACAAAGACAUUUAUCCAAGUAGGGAUAAAUAUUUUGUCAACAUAUUUCAAGUAUUUAAAAUUCUGUAAUUUUGGAUAUAUUUUUUUUUUUCCAAAAAAUUUCAAACAAUGCGCUCUCUUAAUAAUUUUUGCGUCAUUACGACAUCCAUUCUCUUCAUUUGCAUGACCACCAUUUCAUCCACGAACGCUUUAAUCGUUACGUUAACACAGGACUCAAAUUUUAAUGGAAAUCGGAUGUCUUUUGAAAUCCCGGCAGGAACCUGUUCUGCCCUACCGGACGAUUGGACCAACACCGUGACCUCGAUGGGUCACUCGGAUUGUGUGAUAGCCUGCUUCAGUAGGAAUUGUCAAGGGGUCUGUGUCGAAUUUACGGGUCAGGCGAACGCAGACUUUUCCAAUAGUGACAACAACGAUAAGUUCAACUCGUUCCGGGGAUGUUGAGAAAUUUAUGCAUAUUUUAUUUUGUAAUGAUUUAUUUUAGUUUGGUGGGUAAUAAAUGAGA